UUUUGAGUACACAAGGGUUACUUGGUUAUGAGUUGCAAUCAAUUGUGGUGUAUUUCUCAUAAACCAAUUAUUAUUUUCAGGGGUAAAAUAAUAUUAUGAUUAAAUCAUAGGGCUACUAACAUGAAGUGAAGUGUGGCCAACAUAAUCAAUUACCAUUUAUUGUAUCAUAAUUUUUUUAAGUAAUCACUGGGCCUAGCCUAGUGUUAUUUCAGCUAAGAUUUUAAGCAUAGCCUAUCAGGAAAAUGUAAAAUUAACGGCCGAAGUUGUAAAAAAUGGGUUUUGCAUUAUUAACAUUUUGCUAUUGUUCUGAACAAAACAAAAUAAGGUUACAAAGGAUGAUAAUGAAUGUUAUAGAAUAUUAAUUUUGGAACUACUUUUAUCACACAGAAAAAUAUUUCCUUGUUCUUCAUCUAUGCUGGCAUGAUUUAAGAAUAGACUUUAUUUGACUUACUGUGAAAAUGAAAUGCCAUUAUGACAAUUGGAUCUUGUUUUCUGCAGCUCAAAAGGGAUGUAGGGACUGAUGAAGACAUGGCACAGCGUCAACAAGUGAUUCGGCUUUAUAAAACUUUGCUGUUUUUGGGUCGGGAGUAUCCCCAAGGAUAUGAUUUUUUCCGAACCCGGCUAAAGCGUGCUUUCAUGAAAAAUCGGGAAGUGGAGGAUCCAGAGAAGAUCAGCACUAUGAUUAAACAUGGGGAGUAUGUUAUCAAGGAACUGGAAGCCCUGUACAUGUUGCGCAAGUAUCGAACACUCAAGCGACGCUACUACACAGACGAGCCAGUUGUCCAGCCCAAGACCAAGAAAGAAAAUACUAGUUAGCACAACUGAAGGCUUGUAAGAGUAAAAAAUUUUAUACCAGUGCCAAGAGCUGCAGCAUAGUUUGAAAUAUUCCAUGAAAAUAGUUGUAAAAUUUUGAGGUUUGAGAGUAGAAACGUAACGUUGUAAAGGGACAAAGGCUGAAUUUUGUUAUAUAAUUUUUAAUGAUUUCUUGGAUGAGCCAUGAAGUAGAAAUACUUGUAAGUCUGUUUCAUAGCGAUUUCAUACAAUCAAAAAUUGAGUGUAUCCAGAGUUAUACUAAAUGGAAUGUUUGAAAUGCACGUUCAAAUUCUAUUUAUAUACUCUUUUGCCUCAAAAAAUAUUCUUAUUGUCUAAACAAUGUUAAAAUUUUAUGAAAUAUGUGAUUUGUGGUUGUUGAAUGAACAUUUAUUUUAAAUUAGUAACUAAUUUUGUUUGUUAUGUUAGCAUUUUAUUUUAUUCUAUAAGUAUUUAAUUGUUUUAAGAAAACUGUGAUAUUGUAUUUUAACCGAAAAAGUAAAUAUUCUUGGAGAAUGUGUUGUUAUUGACUCCAAACAUGAAAUAUUACAGUAAACAUUACAUGGUC